AUGCCCGCGCCCACCAAGCCCGCGCCGCACCGGAUGGUGUUCACGACGAACAGCCUGCGCAACACGACGAUCGCGGUCGAGGACGACGCGUUCUACUACGAGGUCGUCACGCGCUUCUGGCACCCGGACGUCACCAAGGUGUUCAAGCUCGACAAGGAGUCCCGCGAGCUCGCGCUCAUCGCGGAGAUCCAGCGCCGCGCCGGCGAGGGCGCGAAGGUGCGCUUCGGCGGCGAGAAGGGGCAGUGGGUGGACGCGGACGAGUUUCUGAAAUGGGACGAUGCGAAGCGGUGCGUGUCCCACAAUGCUUGCGAAACGGUGCGUAUCGAAGUCGAGCGGCGCUCGAUGCUCGUACAGCGGCGGGACGUUCGACGAUGGCGAGGGCGUGGAAUAUCGCUGGAAGAGCCACCGGCGCCAGCUGCAGGUGAGCCCGCUGUGGCCGCUGUACCACGCCGCUCACGGUCGUCGCUCGUGAUCGUCCUUCUGCUGCAGCUCGUGCGCGCCGAUGGCGACCAGAAAGCUCCGAUCGCCGACUUCCACAAGCACCGCCGGCACUUCUUCGUCCUCCGCAUGUCGCGGCACGCCUUUCUCGAGGUCAAGCCUGAAGCGACCGAUUCUAUGGACCGCUUGAUCAGUGCGUGCCUGUCCAGCCUUUCAUUGUGA